AUGUACUGGGAACCAGGAACUUAUUACGCUCCGGGAUCUAUCGUUGAAUACGAAGGUGACUACGACUCUUUGCUCAACUUGAUCCCAUCUUAUCAUCUCAGGCCAUCGCUACAAGAUUAUUCAGCCCCACACCUCACAGGCAAGCAGCAGACACCUUCCGAGCUUUCUUUGACUGACCAAGAUCACGCUGGGGAAGGCCACCACCAGCAGCAGCAGCAGCAGCAGCAGCAACAGCAACAGCAACAACCCCAGCAGCAACCGUAUACUCCCCCUCGUCCCGAUGGCCAAUCCGUCGACAUCCAUCACGAAGAACGCAAGAAGCAUUGGUACGACAUGGACGACAAACGCAAACACGAGUUGGAGAUCGGUGGUGGUCUGCUAGCCGGUGCUGCUUUGCUCGGUGGAGGCUACGCUGCUUGGAAGGGUCACGAAAAACACGAGGAUGAAAAGAAGGCUCAGACGUGGGCCCUUCAGAACUGGAUCCACGACGCGGAAGCCCGUACCGCCGAAUAUCGCAACAAUGGCCCACGUUCAGCUGCAACCUGGAUUCUCAACAAGGCAAGUGCUGCGCUAGAAGCUGACCAACCAUCUGCUUAUCCGCAACAGGGAAAAGAUAUUCCUCGCGAGGCUAUCGUUGUUGGAAAAGAGAAGAGCUGGACUUUGUACAUUUCCAGGGCUUUCUUCGAGGGCGGCAUUCAAGUCGGAAAGGCAUCGGAGGCGUUCAAGAAGGGCGCGGUCAUCGGCUUUAAGAACGAAGAAAUCCAUCUCGACACGUAUGAAAUCCUCAUUGGCGACAUGAACGGACUGCGUUGGGUGCAAGCAGAGGGUCGUCUCAAUGUCGCGAAUCUUGGCUACCGCCCGGUCGAAGGUGGUCGCGAAAACGACGGCACUCCUCUCUACGUCGCUCAAGCACCCCACAAGGGUGUUGUUCACCCUGGCAAGGCAAGCGAGAAAUUGGACGGAGCGUAUAUUCCUUACGACGGCGGAGAAGAAUGCGUCAAGAGCUACAAAGUGUUGUGCUACGCAUAA